AUGACCAGCAAUCAUAGCGCAUAUCCGGCGAGCAACCUGACCUGGCAGAUUCUCAACCAUGCCAAUGAAAGCAACUACGCUGUUGGAGCGUAUAACUGCUACAACAACGACGGAAUCAUGGCCGUGAUACGCGCAGCCGAACGCAAGCGCUCAGCCGCAAUCAUCCAGCUCUUCCCUUGGACCUUACACUUCCAAGGCAUAGAAUUCGUCCGUUACGUGGUGAGUGCUGCACAUGCUGCUAGUGUCCCAGUGGCGGUCCACUUGGAUCACUGCAUCAAGCUGGAAGAUGUGGAACUGGCUCUUACCCUCCCCUUUGAUUCUAUUAUGAUUGACGCUUCGACCUUUGAUGAGGAAGCAAACAUUCGACACAGCAAGUCUGUCGUGGAGCGUGCUCAAAAACUCAAUAUUACUAUUGAGGCUGAGAUGGGUCGCAUUGAAGGUGGAGAGGAUGGUUUGCCUACGGUUGACAUGGAUUCCGUUAUGACAAGGCCCAAAGAUGCAGAGAUAUUUGUCCAGCAAACAGGGGUGCACUUUCUUGCGCCUUCUUUUGGUAAUAUCCAUGGUGGAUAUCCGGCUGGUGGGCCAGAGGGAGCAUGGGAUCUAGUACGGCUUACGGCCAUUGGAAAAUUGGUCUCGGAUAGCACACCACUGGUCCUCCAUGGAACGCAUCCUGUGUCCGAUGAGCUUUUUCAAAAAGCCAUUGAAUGUGGAGUGCGCAAGAUCAAUCUCAACCGCACCGUGCGCGAUGACUACACGAAGUUCGUUGCUGAGAACGCCGGCUCACUAGAGUUGACAACUCUCAAAAUGCAGGGCGUUGAAAUUUAUGCCAAAUCUAUUGAAAGGAUGAUGGAUAUACUUGGGUCGCCUGGGAGGUAUUAG